CUGCCCGUCAAUACUGAAAACGAAGAAGAAGAAGAAGAUAGCGCAUGUCCACUUGCUUACUGUGUACUGCUAAUAAUUUGAAAGAAAUUAAUAAAACAAACAAAGUCGCCAAUUAGAAAGGAAGUAGUAAAACAGCCCUUAUUCUGGUGAUCGCUUGAGGAUGGAAGAAGCGGAGCUGGUGGAAUACUUCCGAGCGCAGAUCAGAGGAGACCCGGAUGUGGCUUCAGCGGUGGCUGCUAUCCGAUCUCUGCUGGAGUUCCUCAGGAGGGAUCAGAGCGAGACCAUCCUCGGCCUGCGAGAGAACAUGACCCAGGCCAUCCGCAGACUAGAAGAGACGGACUCAUCGGUGGCGGUGUCGUCCGGAGGAGAGCUCUUCCUGCGCUUCAUCAGUCUCACCUCGCUGGAACAUCCGGUCCGUCAACACUGCACUCAGUCCAGCUGCUCCGCUCGUGCACAGCCCAGCAUCGCUUCUCUUUUAGCAGAUCUCUCGCAGUGUAAGAACGUGAUGAUAGAGCGAGGUGAGCUCUUCUUGAAGAAGAUAUCUCUGUCCAGGGGCAAAGUGGGUAAACUGUGCCACACCUUCAUCAAAGAUGGAGCUAAAAUCCUCACACACUCAUCGUCCCGAGUGGUUUUAAAGGUUCUGGAAAACGCAGCAGCUGAUAACAAACGUUUCACAGUAUAUGUCACCGAAUCACAGCCGGAUUCAGCAGGUAAACGUAUGGCUCAAAAAUUACGCAAACUCAAUAUCCCCGUCAUGGUGGUGCUCGACGCUGCAGUCGGGUACAUCAUGGAGAAGGUUGACCUGGUAAUCGUGGGUGCUGAGGGCGUUGUGGAAAGCGGAGGUGUAAUAAACAAGAUUGGCACCUAUCAGAUGGCCGUGUGCUCCAAGGCGCACAACAAACCGUUUUAUGUGGUGGCAGAAAGUUUCAAGUUUGUGCGGCUCUACCCUCUGAACCAGCAAGACGUACCCGACAGAUUCAAGUAUACAGCGGAUAUCCUGAAGACGGUGAAGGAUCUGAACCAAGAGCACCCCAUGAUCGACUACACCCCUCCGUCCCUCAUCACAUUACUCUUCACGGACCUCGGUGUGCUGACGCCCUCUGCUGUCAGCGACGAGCUCAUCAAACUCUACUUAUGAUGAUGCUCUUCAUAAAGCAUCUGUGUCAUUGCCUAAGUGUCUGACCACAGAUGCACCUGAGAGAUCCUGCAUUUAAAGAGUAAGCCACAAUCCCGAUGCUAAGAUUAAAUGAUCUGUUUAAAUAUCA